AGUCUCCCUCCUGCUCGACUUUUCCUAUAAAUUCAAUUCUCUCUCUAAAUCCGCAGCCGUAAACAAAUAAAGGAAGAAGGGCCCUAAAGGCGUAUAUAUUUACAAUUCCCAUACAUUUUUCUCGAUCAAUACCCUCCAAAUCUCAAAUCCAGUCCCAAAGGUUGUAGGAGGGCUCACGACAUGGGUUCUAAUUCUAAAUCAGUUGUUGAUUUCAUAGAAACUUCAUCAGGGGUUCAUUUUUCUGGAUUUCACUUGGAUCGAUUGGAGCCAGGAAAUUCAGAGGUGGAUCAACCGACAACAUCAACAGCUGAACAUGUGCAUAAGCAACCUUUUUUCAUUGGAGUUGCUGGAGGUGCAGCAUCAGGAAAGACUACAGUUUGUGAUAUGAUUAUCGAGCAGCUUCGUGAUCAGCGUGUUGUACUUGUUAACCAGGAUUCCUUUUAUCACAAUUUGACUCCGGAGGAACUUACAACAGUUCAUGAAUACAACUUUGACCACCCUGAUGCAUUUGACACUGAACAAUUAUUAUGUGCUAUGGAGAAGUUGAAGCAUGGGCAAGAAGUAGAUAUUCCAAAGUAUGAUUUCAAGAGUUACAAAAGCGACGUGUUUCCAGCUCGAAGGGUGAAUCCUUCAGAUGUAAUAUUAUUGGAAGGCAUACUGAUUUUCCAUGAUCCUCGUGUCCGGGAUAUAAUGAAUAUGAAGAUUUUUGUUGAUACAGAUGCUGAUGUACGCCUGGCGAGGAGAAUAAGGCGUGACAUAGUUGAGAAAGGUAGAGAUAUCAACAUGGUACUUGAUCAGUACUCAAAAUUUGUGAAGCCUGCUUUUGAUGAUUUUAUACUUCCAACGAAGAAGUAUGCAGACAUUAUCAUUCCCCGUGGUGGAGACAAUCAUGUAGCUGUUGAUUUGAUUGUCCAACAUAUCCGUACAAAACUGGGUCAACAUGAUCUUUGUAAAAUAUAUCCUAAUCUUUAUGUCAUUCAGUCAACUUUUCAGAUACGGGGCAUGCAUACACUUAUACGUGAUGCUCAAACAACAAAACAUGACUUUGUUUUUUAUGCUGAUCGGUUAAUUCGUUUGGUUGUUGAGCAUGGCCUGGGACAUCUGCCAUUUACAGAAAAGCAGGUGAUCACUCCAACUGGUUCUGUAUAUACUGGUGUGGAUUUCUGUAAAAGGUUAUGCGGUGUCUCCGUAAUUAGGAGUGGUGAGAGUAUGGAGAAUGCUUUGCGGGCAUGUUGUAAAGGUAUUAAGAUUGGAAAGAUUCUGAUUCAUAGAGAAGGUGACAAUGGACAACAGCUGAUAUAUGAAAAAUUGCCGAAGGACAUCUCAGAUAGGCAUGUGCUACUUUUGGAUCCUAUCCUAGGCACAGGGAAUUCGGCUGUUCAAGCUAUUUCUUUACUGAUAAAGAAGGGUGUUCCAGAGUCCAACAUCAUAUUCCUUAAUCUCAUAUCCGCACCUCAAGGAGUUCACGUGGUUUGCAAACGCUUCCCCAGAAUAAAGAUCGUGACCUCUGAGAUUGAAAUUGGUUUGAAUAAAGAUUACCGUGUUAUCCCUGGCAUGGGUGAAUUUGGAGACCGAUAUUUUUGCACAGAUGAUGAUUACCAACAAUCGGUGGUUCCUCCUCUGCAGUAGUUCAAUUAGGGGAGUUUUUUUUAAUGUUAUAUUGUUCCAUUCAUCCUCUACAAUGUUGCCUAGUGAUCAUUAACAGAGAGUUACAUAGUGAGCCGAACUUGUUUGACCAAUAAUGGGUGUUUUGGCAGUGGACAUUAUCAGUUUUUCAUAUGGUUAAACCCAAGGAUGGGUUGGGUUAAAUGUAAGCUUUGUGUUGGGACGAUAUG